CAUUGGUCCGUACUUUACGUGUUUUUGGUUUUUAAAUAAUGUGUCGUGUUAUUUAAGUUGUUACCGGUGAAUGUGUUUGGGUCUGUUUCUUAUAUUUUUGUUCCCAAGAAAAAAAAAAAAAAAAACAAGAAGUAUCUUUUAUUCUGAUUUAUUGAAGGUUGAGUGUUUUGAAGCGUAUUUUUCUUAAGUGCCACAAUGGCUAAACUGACUUAUAUUUUAGAAUGUUUUUUACCGAUAAUCUUUAUACAGAUUCUGCUGACGAAAGCAUUGAAAGAGGGUGAAUGUGAAGUAUGUGUUGGUGUUUUGAACAAACUAUUAAAUACUUUAAUGGAUGCAGAGAAAUCUUCAGCACCAAAGAUAGAGGCAAAGUUCAGAGAGUUCUGUUUAUCUGCUAAGAAAUCUGAAAACAGAUUUUGUUAUUAUAUUGGUGGACUUGAAGAAUCUGCUACAAAAAUUGUCACAGAAAUGAGUAAGCCACUGAGUUGGGGACUUCCUGUUGAUAAAGUAUGUGAAAAAUUGAAAAAGAAAGAUGUCCAAAUUUGUGAUCUACGUUAUGAGAAAACAAUUGAUUUAAAAACUGUGGAUCUUAAGAAGCUGAAAGUGAGGGACUUGAAGAAAAUCCUUUCUGAUUGGGAUGAACGUUGUGAAGGAUGUAUUGAAAAAACAGAUUUCAUUAGAAGGAUAGAAGAACUAAAACCUUUAUAUUCUAGAGAGGAAUUGUAAUUAAUGGCUUUGAGUUAUGUUAUUGAAUUAUUGCUCUUGGAAACUGAAUUCACUUAGUUUUCAAAAAGAUAUAAAUGUAAAUUUUAUUGUAUGUUAAUUUAUGAAUUUUGAUAGUCAGCAUUAUAUUUCAUUCAUCAGUUAUCAAAUUUCAUUAUUUUAGAAUCUUAUUCAGUGCAUGCAUAAAACCACAUUUAAUUUAAAGUUUGGAAUUUUUUCUUAUGAAGUUUUUAGUAUAUAAAUCUUUUGAAGUCAAAAAAUGAACUUUAUUUACAUCUCCUGUUAUAUUUUUAGUACAUAUCAUUUCUGCGCUUUAAUGAAUGUGUUGGCAUUUCAGUGUAAAUGUAAUUUAUUUUUGGAGACUUGUAUAAUAAAAUAAAUUCUUCCGAAUAUUCA